AUGGACUAUUCUUACGGGGCGGGACGACCUCCCGGUCGACGCUACCAAUGGUGCUUGCCGUGCACCGCCGUCUGCGGUCUACUGACUGCCGUAACGCUCGUCGUCGUCAGCCUCGUCUCUUGGAUCGACCAUGCUGGGCCCUUGACCCCCUUGCAUCGGGGCUGCUCUGGAGACCACAGAGACGUUCCAAGACCCGGAUACCCUGGGGCCCCUGACCCCGAUGAACAGUUUGCUAUCAUGAAUGAGAAAGUCCCCGAGGAGCUUGUGUCGCAGGAAGGGCAGCUGCAUGUGCGUGGAAACAAGUUUGCUCGCCGAUAUGCCCAGGAGGAGCUGGAGGAAGAGACAGACCAGGUCCAGGCCGGCGAGGCAAUACCGCCGCCUUUCGGGACCGGGAAAAUCAAGUUGCCCAAACUCCCCAUCCCUUCGGAUAUUCUUGACAUCCCCGUCGCCAUUCCAACACGCAUUGAGGAUAUCAUCAGUAUGGUGCCUACCGUGGCAGUACCCACCGACGUCGGAGACAUUCUCAGCGCUCUGCCUACCGACCCGGGGGUGAUCCUCAGCGACUUGCCUGUUCCGACCCUCCCUACGAUCCCAGAUAUUCCUGAGAUCCCUGAGAUCAUCCCCACCACACUCCCCACGCUGCCUUUCCCCAUCCCCGUCAUCCCAACUGGCAUCGACCCUCCGGACCUUCCAAUUCCCACGGACCUGCCGGACCUGCCGGACCUGCCGGGAUGGCCGGUUCCCACCGACCUCCCCGACGCCCCCAAGAAGCCAAAAUACGGCCUCUGGCCCGACUACAGCAAGAUCCCGCAGCGGAUCCUCGCCAUCCUCAAGAAGGUCGUCGGCAACCUAGCCACCGACCAGGAGACCCCAAAGCCCAUCCGCCACGUCCUGCGGCUCGUCGACAACAUCCUCAGCAAGGUGGGCGGCGGCGCAACCAAGCCUGUGCCCUCGCUGCCGCCCCUGCCCGUACCGACCCUGCCCAUACCGACGACGACGACAAAGGCAAAGCCGGCCCUGCCCACACUGCCCCGCCCCACGCGUAGCCCGCGUCCGUGGCCUCCUCCGGGCAAGGGCAAGGACAAGGACGGGCAGCCGGGGAAGCCUGACCGCCCCAAGUGGCCGCCUCGCCCGCGGCCCACUGGUAAGGGCAAGGAUAAGGACGACCUCGAGGAGAGGUCCGGCCUGGGCCUGGCCGCCGCCGCCGCUGCCGCCGCCGCCGCUCAUCAGAAGCGAGACGCAUCGCCGGAGCACGGGUUUGUGCGGAAGAGGGACGAAGGUGGUGGGCCGGUGGAUAGCAUCCUCGGCGGCGGGGAUGUAGUUGAAGGGCGCGACGUGGCUGCCGACGCCGCCACCGGCGACGACAAACCUUUGAGCGAAAAGAACCGCAAGAAGCUCAUGGCUGCUGUGCGGAAGGAGAUUCUGACUGAAAUCGAGUGGGCCGAUGACCCGCUUGGGGGCCUGCUUUCCGUCCCAGCGGCCAUGGCUGCGUUUGAGGCGGUUUAUAGGGUAGCUGAGGCGUGGAAGGCAGAUGAUGCAGCUGAGCGGGAGUCGCUGUUGCAGUCGUUUGCUUCUCUUGUUGAUUAUGAGUGA